CAGAAUUCGGUCGGUUCCAUGGCUCCAGCAGAGCCCGGGCGUCUUGCUGGGAGCACUCUCGGUGGACGGCCGGCUGUAGAGGAGUCAAAGUGUGAUGGCACUGGAAAGUGAUGGCUCUGCUACGUUCAAUGUUGAAGGCGGCAGCUUUACUGACUCACGGAGCAAUGCUACCGCUGAGGGUCUGGGAUUGCUGAGUCGCGAGAGCAAUGUCCCUCGCAUCUAUCAGGCUGCGCAGAGCUACCGAGGCGUUGCCCGGGAAUUGCUUGGUAGAAAGGAUCCAGACGCAGUGCCACGAGAUGUGAUGCAGCGCGUGGUGUCCACGCAACAGGAGAGAUUCUAUGGUUGCCUGUCAUUGCCUGGAAACCUGAUUUUCUUCCUUCUGUUCUCUAUAGCCGUUAUCCUGCAUGAAGACAUUACCAACACCUACAUGAUUGAGUCAGGCCUUCGAACACACUUGUCCGAUGGUGCGGACGAUAUGAACGACAGAGCUGGAAUUUGGGAAUGGUUGGAGUCUUCAAUUCUGCCAAGACUUUUUGCGCAGACGGACUACCUAGGACAGCCGUAUCAGAACAAAACUGAGUGGAGUCGAGUGCUGACGUACAACCAGAUCGUAGGCCCUGUGAUCAUAGAACAACAGCGAAGUAAAAAGGCCUGGUGCAAUGACGGUGAUGGUGUCACUGGCGAUAUGUACUGCUACAGCCAGCGGACAAGGUCCAGUGCAGCAUUUGGUUCACAGGACAUACUGCCAAUUGCAUCCCCGACACCAAAUGAGUAUGCUGGUGGCAACAGUACGGUAGAUCAGCGAAGAGCAUAUUGGGAUUCAGCCUUUCAGGUGCAAACUCAAUCAAGCAGGAGGCUUGCAAGAACCAUGCGGCCUGAGUUCGACAUCAUGCUACCGCGGCCGCAGAGGGAGGACAACUACGUGAUCGCAAUCUACCCCAACACUCCAUUGGCUCUCAUCCACGACCAUUUGCAAUAUGUGAAGGCCAAGGAGUGGCUUGAUGCCAAGAGCAAGCUCGUCAACAUCAGGGCCUUAUUGAUCAAUGCUGAAGUUGGAAGGCCACGUCUUCAGAUGUUCUCCUUCCACAUUGCAUUUAGCCGUGGGGGUGGGCUCUUCACGUAUGUGAGGAUGAACACAAUUUUCUUGAAAUCUUUUGCCAAUGUUGCGAGCAUCGUCGUAGAUAUCUUAUUUGCUACUCACCUCUUUGGGAUCCUUCUGAUGGAGUUAUACCGGCUCGGCCGGGCUGUUGGUCGAAGAGAGGCGCGGCGUCACUUGAAGAAGGGGUGGACCAUUCUGCAGGCACUGACCAUCAUUGGUGGAGUGGCUGUGAUUGUCGGCUACUGCUGGGAAUUCAUGCUACGUGAUGAUGUGCGCACUGCCUACGAGUCCGUCGCAGCUCAUCAGGUUCAGGAUAUGCCUGCUGAUACAAACAACGACGGUUUGGCGCUCAUCGAAAAGGCAGACAACAUGAAUGAGUACAUGGGCAACUUCCGUAUUGUCACAGGUCUGUAUUGCUUACUCUGCAUGGUGCGAUUUUUCACCUCUUUCAGUGCUCAGCCACGCCUGGCAGUAGUGACAACCACCCUUGAGGUCAGUGCUUUUGACAUUGUGCACUUCUUGGUGGUGUUGGCACCCACUUGGCUGGCUUAUGCAUUGGCUGGUUGCUUCAUUUUCGGCCGGAGGAUGGAGGAGUUUGCGACACUUGAUGCAUCCAUUGGAUAUUGCUUCAAGCUUAUGAUCGAGGGUGAGUAUGACUGGCCCUAUUACGCUGAAGAGAAUUACUUCACCACCAUGUUUUGGAUGUGGACCUUUAUGGUUUUGCUCAAUGUGAUCAUGCUGAACCUUGUUCUUGCUAUCAUCUUGGAUGUCUACGGAUCCAUUCGUCGGGAAACGGGGAAGAGUGAGACAGCGUGGCUCACUCUCUGGCGUAUGCUGCUCCAGCUCUACAGACGGAGAGUUUGGGUCAGAAGCACGAACUUGUUGGAGGCCCUGCCGGAGAUGCCCGAUGAGAUCAAAGAAGACGAUCUUUUAGCUAGAUUCCCCAAGAUGUGCAAGGAGCAAAUGCACAUUCUCAUGGAAGCCUGCUAUUUCCAGGUUAGCAUGGAUGAUUUGGCAGCGGCCGAUGGGCAGAGGGCCAUGAAGAUGGCAUUGUCCUGCAAGAUGGCCAUUGAUCAGGUGACGGACACAGUCAAAGCACUGCAUGAUGGUACAGAUGAGACAGGCGGUCCUGAUCAUCCUGGCUCUGGGUGGGUGAAGAAGCUGGCGGAUGAGAUGGCAGAGCAGAACCACCUCAUGAUGAAGCUACAAUCAAAGCUUAUGCUCGUGGAGAAGCAGUGGCAGAUUAUCCUUGACAAAGAGGCCGAGGACGCCCUGGAGAACACGGCAGACGAAUAGCAUCGCGAAUGGUACUCUCACUCCGCGCUCGCUGGUGGACUCUCAUGCUACUGUAGGGUCAAAGCUCAAGCUGACUCAAGCUACGUAGUCUGUUUCUGUUCGAAGAGCCCUUAUUCCUUUUAGCGGCCUGCCUCCUCUUU